AUGAAUAGAAUCAGACGAUACAGAGAACCUGAAGUGGAUGAAGUUGCCCCAAAAGAUGAUAGAAUCGAUGUGAUAAUGAAAGAAUUGGAGUUUUUGCGCUCUGAAUUAGCUCAAAAAAAUGUUGAAUCAUCCAUUUCAAAAUAUUUCAAAGAGGAAAUUUUCACAAAAGAUAGAGGAACCUUAUUCAAAGAUGGAUUUGUUAGUAAAGGAGAUUAUCUGGAAAUCCCAUUAACACUACUAAAUGCCAGAUACAAACAAUGCAAGCUUCAUACAGUAAGCUUUUACAUGUCAUCUAAUAUCUUCAAAAUCGAUAUUAUCGGUCUUAUCGGUACUAUCAGUGUCUAUCGGUUUAUGAAGCUUUACAUCUUCAACACAACCAGUAUCAUCGGUAUUGGAUAG